UGUGUAUCUGUGCAUUUCCCACUAGCUUAUAUAUGUAUAAGCUAGGCCCGUCAUUCUUUCUCUAUACUCAAUCAUACUUAUACAUCUUUUAGACUUACAUUCUAUAUUUUAUCCAUACAUCUAAACCACUAGACUAGACAAGAUAUAUACCCAUUGAAAUAUACAAAAUGCGCCACUUCGACACCUGGAUCCUCCGCGACCCCUACUCCAUCUUCCACUACUAUCCCACAGGCAAACGAUGGCCAGAAACCAUUCGCGAAUUGAUUCAAUCUCGUCAAAUAUGCAGUCCUCCAUCUACAUCCUCCUCCAACGACAACAUCAUACCAUCCGCAGCAGCAGACAGCACUUCCCAACCAACAAGCAGCUUCUUCCAACGUCUGCCCCCAGAAAUCCGCCUCAUGAUCUACGCCUACGUCUUCAACGACUCCCCCAACACCAGUCCCAACCCCAAUGACACCACCACUACUACAAACACAACCAUCCACCUGGUCCAGAUCCGCAACAAAAUCCACCACGUCCGAUGCACACACCCCUCCCCACUCGACAAACACCGCCAAUGCUGUCCCCAAACCAUGGCCAGAUGGCGCACCUCUCCCACCACCAUCCCCAAACCCAUCAUCACCACUACCACUACCACCACCAUAAACCCUCCCAAAGGAACAAAUCAAGCAAAGCAACACGACACAAACAGCACCCUCUACCCGCACACCCACCCCUCCCUCCCCACCACCCUCUCUCGCAACACCACCUCCCCGCUCCUAACCUGCCGAGCCAUGUACCUCGAGUCCGCACCCCUCCUCUACUCCCUCACGACCAUCGACACAGACGACCUCUACACCUUCCUCUCAUUCAUCAACACCAUCUCCCCCCAUCUCCGGAAAUACAUCAAGUCCCUCACCGUGCAAUACACACCGAUCUGGCAGCCCAUGGCUGGCCAGGAAUAUCCGUUUUCAGUGUAUACGCAUACGCACAAUGAUACGCUAUGGGCCGGAUUCUGGGAUGCCGUGGCGAGGAAGUGUCCCGGGUUGGAGAGGGUCAGGUUAGGGUUGGAUUUGGGGACCGUGUUUGCGGUUAAUAACCAUGUAGGAGGAGGUGGGGGGAUGUCGGUGACUGGGGGGAAUAUGGUCAGUUUUGGGACUGAGGAGGAGUGGGUGAGGCCGUUGUUACAGGUACGGGGGUUGAAGGGGUUUGAGUUGGGGGUGAUGGUUAGGUGUGAUCGGUUGGCGAGACGGGUGUUGGAGAAUGGGUUGGUGAGGGAUGUGCAGGUGCUUAGGGAAAGGUUGGUGGAGGUGAUGUGUCGGGAGAGGGUGGAUGGUGGGUUUAUGAGUGAGGAGGAUGUGGUGGGUGAGAGGAGGGGGAGGUUGACUAUUAUGGCUGCUUGAAGGGAAGAAAGUGAUGUUUAAAGCGUUUUGUUGCAUGAUAGAUACCCUGGUUUUGUUGGUUGUGUGCACGAUAGAAGUCAUCAUUGGUUAGACUGACUACUAUAUAUACUGCAUCCCAAUACUGCUACUACCACUUCUC